AUGAAUGAUAAUCCGGUUACGAACGUUAGCCUUUCGAACAUACAAGUUUACUGCACCAGGGAUGAGUUACAUCGUCGGGAAAUGGGUAGUUGUUUGGGCAGUGAACAGUGGGGACUAAUUCUGGACAUCUAUAGGAGCAAAGGACGACCGCAUUACUAUUCAAGAAAGCGCGAGGAGUAUGCGCAGAUUAAAUUCGAUCUCGAUGCUGACCUAACCUCCCUCUUCAACUGGAACACCAAGCAAGUCUUCGUCUACGUCCUCGCCUCCUAUCCCACGACUUCCUCCUCGUCAUCAAACCUAACCACGGAAUCCAUAAUUUGGGACAUGAUAAUCCCCGCCACUGAAUCCCCGCUCUCUAUCCCCGCUUUAACCCGCCGUUUCUUCCCUUCCAAAAAGUCCAAAUCCUCCAGGUUCUCCUCCAAAACAAACAAAAAUACCUCCUCGGACUCUAAAAAGCCCAAGAAUCGGGGCCUCCUCCGCCUCCGUAACCAGAAAUCCAAAUACCAGAUUACAGAUAUCUCCGGUCAAAUUGCCUUGCGUGAGAAUGCGCAGCUAGUUGUCGCUUGGAAUGUGCAGCCGUGGAUAGGUGCACUGAUGUGGAGUCCGCACAGCAAGAUUGCGGAGAAUAUUGGCGGCGCGCUUGGUGGGCUUCUUGAUGCGGUUAUUAUUACUGGUGGAAAAGGUGGCAGGAGUAAACCAUUUAAUUUCCCGGCGUUGAAAGUUGCGGGCAAGAAGGAGGGCUAG